AUGCUCGCAUCCAUGCUUCUGCUCCUCCUCGCAGCUACCGCUGCCGUCGAGGCUAGUCCGCUCGGCCCCUUUGGCCUCCGCCAGCCUCAUCGGCCCAUCGUUGCACGCCGUGAUGUAUUUUUCAACGACACGACUAGCACCUCCAGCGCGUCUACUGUUCAGAAUAUCCCAACCACGACUAGUGAAUCCCCCAAUUUAUCAUCUUUCGUAGCUUCGGCUUCGCUUUCAUCGACAGUCAGCCUGGGCUCGCUCAAGAGUGACAGCUCGUACAGCACCUUGCCGAGUUUCUCACCGAGCGUCCCGCCCAUAUUUCCUUCGACAUCGACUUCGCCCACAUUGCCCGAGACGCCGCACUCCUUACCGUCGCCGACUUCUCUUGAGGUCAUACCAGCUGGCAACCAGACAUCUGAAACAUUCACGCCGCCAGCGACAUCGCCAACCACACCCGCACUUUCUGCAAACAGCUCAGAGUCUGUCUUGACAACUGCCAUCUCUUCCCAUACAUCCCGACCUGCUGUGGUUACUCCUUCCACAAACGCGACGGAGCCGUUCGGUGUACCCGCGCAUUCUUCACUGCCAAAGACAACUUCUGCCUCGAACGGGACUGCCACAAACGCAACGACUCCUGCGGGUACCACCUCCCCUCAAUCCUCACUGCCACAUGCGACACCGGCGUCGAAUGCGACAACAAACAAGACGGUACCAAUUGACGCCACAUCUCAUUCGUCGCUGCCACAGACGACCCCGGUGUCAAACUCAACAUCCACGAACGCAACGGCGCCCGCCAAGACUCCCUCCCAGUCAUCACUCUCCCCAACGGUAACGCCGCAUCCAGCGUCCAAUGCUACAUCCAAUGCCACUGUUCCUGCCGUUGAUGUUUCCUCAACCCCGACACCGUCAGUGCCUGUCUCCAACCACACGACUGUCGCAUCAUCACUGUCACCGUCAUCCAGCCCUGGCACAAACACGACUGCGGUAUCCAACAGCACAGUGUCAGUUGUUCCGUCGGGCGGUUCUGCUAACAAUGAUACAUCGACUAAGACUACGCCAACUGCUUCAAAGUUGUCUUCGUCGUCCUCUCCGUUGUCAUCUUUAACGCCAGAAGAGUUUUCAACGACUCCCGUAGUGCCUAACAGGACGUCAUUCUCCACAUCUUCGACAAUUUUGUCCUCGCCAUCCUUGCCAUCUUUUCCAUCUUCAACGUUGUCCAUCCCGUCGGUUUUCACGACUUCAGUGUUUUCAUCUUCCUUACCAACACUGUCUCCCACAUCAGCGCUAUCGUCGCCGGCUACAACUACCUCUCUACCUCGGAAACCAACCGGUGGAGCGAAUUCCCAGGUUCCAACGUUUCGCUCAAGGACGGAUAUGCCUACUAGCACUGCUGCACCCGAUGUCUAUGCAGCGAACGUGGGAUUUGCUAAGAAUGAUAAUGCCGCCUACGCCAAUCUGACCCUCGAAUCACGCUGCAUAGAGAAUCAGGUUGCGUGUAUCGGUGGUAAUGUCAUGAGGUGCGAUGCCACCUCAAGUAUCUUUACCCUGAUUGCAACCUGUGAUCCAGCCUCAGGGACAAGCUGCUUCGCCAUGCCGGACCCAUACGAGUCCGGUGUCGAUAUUGGUUGCGUCAACGUGCAGACGGCUGAGGCGGUUCUCGGCAUCACAGUUGACUCACCGGCUGCCUCGUCUUCAUCACCGUCACAAUCAACAGCAUACUCACUAUCCAUUUCUUACACCGGCACGACGACAUCUAGGCUUCGAUUGACUCUAACUACUUUUAUAACCAAAUCGAUCUCCAACACGCCCACUGCUGUAACCCUGUCCACAGCAUCUACAUCGACGACCAAGUCGACUGCAAAGUUUACGUCCAAGUCUACUGUACCUCAAGCCACACCCUCUGGAUUCGUGACCACCGCUGAACCGAGUGCCCACGCAUCUUCCGGAGGGCCAGUGGUGGUCGUCCCCGUGACAACGACAUCGCUUUCGUACACACCGCAUCCCUAUACUGCGAUUGCAGGUGGAACAACGGCGUCGCCAGCCUCGGCUUCAUCGUCGCCAGCAGUGUUUCACACAGAUGCUCCAGCAGCAGCAGCACCUCCCACGGUGACCACAAACGUCAACACAAACACACAAGCGACCGUCACAAUUAUUCAGACGGUCAGCAUCCACGACACAGUGACCAAGGAUGUUACGACCACGGCUACAGUCACAGCGACCACCACCGAGACUGAGGCAGCUACUACAUUUACCCAGCGUGUGAAUGUUAUUGGUUAG